AUGGACUCCAGCGCCCCCUCUCCAAGCCCCUCCAGCCCACAGCCUUCGCCGCCCCCACAGCCCCAGGCCCGCUCACGGCUCAAUGGCACAUCCUCAGUGAAACAGGAGAAGAAUGGGGCACCCCAAGCUCCUGGACCCCAAGUUGGACCUGGACCAGAUGUGAGAGACUCAGUGGCCCCAGCGGUGCCCCAGGCCCUUCGUGCCAGGAGCCGAGAAAGGGCAGAUGGAACAGGGCCCUCAAAGGGAGAUAUGGAAACCCCCUUUGAAGAAGUCCUGGAGAAGGCCAAGGCAGGGGACCCCAAGGCACAGACGGAGGUGGGGAAGCGCUACCUGCAGCUGGCGGGAGAGCAGGACGAGGAGCUCAACAGCUGCACAGCUGUGGACUGGCUGACCUUGGCCGCCAAGCAGGGCCGGCGCGAGGCCGUCAAGCUGCUCCGCCGCUGCCUGGCCGACAGGAAAGGCAUCACUUCCGAGAACGAGCAGGAGGUGAGGCAGCUCUCCUCCGAGACUGACCUGGAGCGGGCGGUGCGCAAGGCGGCCCUGGUCAUGUACUGGAAGCUCAACCCCAAGAAGAAGAAGCAGGUGGCCGUGUCCGAGCUGCUGGAGAACGUCGACCAGGUCAACGAGCACCAUGGAGGGGCACAGCCAGGCCCUGUCCCCAAGUCGCUGCAGAAGCAGAGGCGGGUGUUGGAGCGCUUGGUCAGCAGUGAAUCCAAGAACUACAUCGCGCUGGACGACUUCGUGGAGAUCACCAAGAAGUACGCCAAGGGCGUCAUCCCCACCAACCUGUUCCUGCAAGACGACGACGACGACGACGAGCUGGGCGGCAAGAGCCCCGACGACCUGCCCCUGCACCUGAAGGUGGUCAAGUACCCCUUGCACGCGGUCAUGGAGAUCAAGGAGUACCUGAUCGAAAUGGCCUCCCGGGUGGGCAUGCACUGGCUGAGCACCGUGGUCCCCACCCACCACAUCAACGCCCUGCUCGUCUUCUUCAUCAUCAGCAACCUCACCAUCGACUUCUUUGCCUUCUGCGUCCCGCUGGUCGUCUUCUACCUGUCCUUCGUCUCCAUGGUGAUCUGCACCCUCAAGGUCUUCCAGGACAGCAAGGCCUGGGAGAGCUUCCGCGCCCUCACCAACCUGCUGCUGCGCUUCGAGCCCAACCUGGACGUGGAGCAGGCCGAGGCGAACUUCGGCUGGAACCACCUGGAGCCCUACGUCUACUUCCUGCUGUCCGUCGUCUUUGUGGUCUUCUCCUUCCCCAUCGCCAGCAAGGACUGCAUCCCCUGCUCCGAGCUGGCCGUGGUGUCCGUCUUCUUCACUGUCGCCAGCUACAUGAGCCUGAGCACCUCCGCCGAGCCCUACACCCGGCAGGCCCUGGUCACCGAGGUGGCCGCCGGCCUGCUUUCCCUCCUGCCCACCCUGCCCUUCGACUGGCGCUACCUGAAGUUGCUGGGCCAGACCUUGGUCACCGUGCCCGUCGGCCACCUGGUCGUGCUGAAUGUGAGCCUGCCCUGCCUGCUCUACGUCUACCUGCUCUUCCUUUUCUUCCGCAUGGCCCAGCUGCGGGCCUUCAAGGGCACCUACUGCUACCUGGUUCCCUACCUGGUCUGCUUCAUGUGGUGCGAGCUCUCCGUGGUCAUCCUGCUCGAGUCUACCGGCCUGGGGCUGGUCCGCGCCUCCAUCGGCUACUUCCUCUUCCUCUUCGCGCUCCCGGUGCUGGUGGCCGGCCUGGCGCUCAUGGGCUUGGUGAAGUUUGCGCUCUGGUUCCUGUCGCUGGAGCUCACCAAGAUCGCCGUCACCAUGGUGGUCUGCAGCAUCCCCCUGCUCUUCCGCUGGUGGACCAAGGCCAACCUGUCCGUGGUGGGGAUGGUCAAGUCCCUGACGCGGAGCUCCAUCGUCAAGCUCAUCCUGGUGUGGAUCACAGCCAUCGUGCUGUUCUGCUGGUUCUACGUGUACCGCUCGGAGGGCAUGAAGGUGUACAACUCCACCCUCACCUGGCAGCAGUACGGCUUCCUGUGCGGGCCGCGGGCCUGGAAGGAGACCAACAUGGCGCGCACCCAGAUCCUCUGCAGCCACCUGGAGGGCCACCGCGUCACCUGGACGGGCCGCUUCAAGUAUGUCCGGGUCACGGACAUCGACAACAGUGCCGAGUCGGCCAUCAACAUGCUCCCGUUCGUCGUCGGCGACUGGAUGCGCUGCCUGUAUGGCGAGGCCUACCCCGCCUGCAGCCCGGGCAGCGCCUCCACGGCCGAAGAGGAGCUCUGCCGCCUCAAGCUGCUGGCCAAGCACCCCUGCCACAUCAAGAAGUUCGACCGCUACAAGUUCGAGAUCACGGUGGGCAUGCCCUUCGGCACCAACGGCACCCGCGGCCCCGAGGAGGAUGACGUCACCAAGGACAUCGUGCUGCGGGCCAGCAGCGAGUUCAAGGACGUGCUGCUGCACCUGCGCCAGGGCAGCCUCAUCGAGUUCAGCACUGUGCUGGAGGGCCGCCUGGGCAGCAAGUGGCCCGUCUUUGAGCUCAAGGCCAUCAGCUGCCUCAACUGCAUGGCCCAGCUGUCCGCGGCCCGGCGGCACGUGAAGAUCGAGCAGGACUGGCGCAGCACCGUGCACAGCGCCACGAAGUUCGCCUUCGACUUCUUCUUCUUCCCCUUCCUGUCGGCCGUGUGAGCGUGGCCCAGCCGGAGGCGUCCGGGCAGGUGGCUGUCGGGACCCUCCUCCCGUGUGGCUGCCCAGCCAGGUGGCGCGACGCUAACACUGAGUGCGUGUGAGUGUGUGUAUGCUCACGUGUGCACGUGCGGGGCCCUUGGUCACCCCCUGAGCGCCGCCCGCUUCCACUCCGCUGCCUGGAAUGCCCAGCGUCGCUGGAAUUGCAUGCGCAGUCCUGACCCUGCCCGGACCUUUCAGAGUGAAGCCCUCGCUGGGCUGGACAACUCUGUCCUGAGAAGCACUGAGUGACAGCCUCCCUCCCGGCCCCUGAGCACUGGCCCCUUACUCACGCCUGUGUGGAUUUGUGUUUGACUGUGCUGCUGUGUAAACUCAACGUGACACUUAUUUAUUUGGUGACUGCUAAGCCUCGACAGCUGUGUGCCAGUCCCCAGGGCCCUCUGAGCCGUCACAUGGUCAAGGCCCUGCCCGAGUCCUUCCACAUUGUAGGCAGAGAAGCGGCAGCUCUGGGCACAGCAUGUCCACGCCAAGCUCUGGGUCCACAGCUUGCCUCACGCUCUGUCCGGUGGGUGGUGGGUGAGUGUGAGGGUCUCAGACGCCUGAAUCCACCAGGACUGGGAAGUAGGACCUGGCGCGUCCCUUCCAGCCCUUAGGAAAGCUUGGCCAUGUUCCGUAAGGGAGAGCGGAAAGCAAGGUCCUGAAGCAGCCGAAAUAAAGCCUGUGUUGAAACCUGU